AUGCGCAUCAUUGCCAGUCAUCAGGAGAGUAAAAAAAAGGAAGGUGCAGUGCCCGGAGUCUGAACCCGGCGUGCCGGCCACGUGUGCAUGUCAGUCGAGAUUUGGCCGAUCCAUCCACGAUCCCAGAGCCGACCCAAGUCCAACUUGGACGGAAUCAUUUCCCACCCAGAAACCAAGCGCCACCCCGAUCACACGCUCACACUGACACUCACUCACCCACCAAACACCCAUCACUAGCUCUAGCUAAGCUGCUAUCAGUCUCAUGGCGUCGCCGAAGAAGGCGAGGAAGCCGCGGGCGAGGCGGCCGCCGCUGCUCCGGCGGGCCAUGCUGCACUCCUCCCUCUGCUUCCUCCUCGGCCUCCUCGCCGGCCUCGCCCCGGCCGCCCGCUGGGCCGCCUCCGCCUCCGCCUCCGCCCACGUCUCCCGCGCGCUGCACGCCGUCGACGGCGCCUUCGACAAGACCGUGCUCCUGCUCCGGCAGCAGCAGCGGCAGCUGCGGGACGGGCGCGUCCACGUCGCCGUCCUCCCCUCGCCGGCGCCGGCGCUGGAGCCGCUGCGGCAGCCGCAGCUGCUGCUGGUCGUCACGGCCACCGAGCGGUCCGACACGGAGCGGCGGGCAGCGGGGCUGACGCGCGCCGCGCACGCGCUCAGGCUCGUGCCCCCGCCCGUGCUGUGGCUGGUCGUGGAGCCGGCGGCGGAGGCCCUGCCCACCGCGCGGCUGCUGCGCGGCGCCGGGGUGGCGCACCGGCACCUGACCUACGGGAAGAACUUCACCGACGGCGAGGCGGAGGCCGAGCGGCACCACCAGCGGAACCUGGCGCUGGAGCACGUGGAGGAGCACCGCCUCGCCGGCGUCGUCCUCUUCGCCGGCCUCGGGGACGUCUACGACCUCCGCUUCUUCGACCAGCUCAGGCAGAUCAGGACGCUCGGCGCGUGGCCGGUGGCGAUGGUGUCGGAGCGCGAGCGGAAGGCGACGGUGGAAGGCCCGGUGUGCGGCGGCUCGCCGUGGGCGGUCACCGGCUGGUUCUCGACGGCCGCGGGGGCGCCGGCGGUGAGGUCCGCCGCGAGGCCGCCGGCCGGCACGGUGGACGUGUCGCGCUUCGCGUUCGGCAGCGCCCUGCUCUGGGACCCGAGCCGGUGGGACAGCUUCCCCGUCUCCGAGCCCGACGCCUCACAGGACUCCGUAAAGUUCGUGCAACGGUUGGCCGCCAAGGACUACAACAAGUCGAGGGGGAUGCCCAACCGGGAUUGCUCCGAGAUCAUGGUGUGGCGCGGAGAUCAAUUCGUCGCAACGUAGUUUAGUUACUAACCGAUUGAAUGGCGUGUGGUUCCGCGGAACAACAAAUUAAGAAAUACAACAGUUUUUAAACGAA